GGAAGUACAGAGGUGAGCCUAGGCUGUGGCAAAGGUUGUGAAGCAUGUUCAGAGGUGAACGGAUGUAUUAAGUGCUUACCAAGGCUUUUUAUACUUUUGGAAAGGAAUGAUAUUCGACAGAUUGGCGUCUGCUUGCAGUCCUGCCCCCCAGGAUUUUAUGGUGAUCGUAGUCGCGAGAUAAACAAGUGUACAAAAUGUAGAGUGACAAACUGUGAGAACUGUUUCAGCAGGAACUUUUGCACAAAGUGUAACGAUGGCUUCUACUUACAUAAAGGAGUUUGCUACUCCACUUGUCCAGAGGGAUUUAUUGCAGCAAAUGGUACCAUGGAAUGCAGCUCCGAACAAUGUGAAAUGAGUGAGUGGGGAUCUUGGAGUCAUUGCUCUCGUCCAGCGAAACAGUGCUGGAAAAAGAAAGGAACACAAGUGAGAAGUCGGAAAGUUCUAAAAGCACCAUUGGGGGAAGCAUCCCUUUGCCCUGUCACAAAAGAAAGGAGGAAAUGUACAGUGCUCCAAACCCCCUGUCCAAAAGUAGUUACAGGAAAACCGAAGAAGGAAAACCAAGGAAAGGAAAAAAAGAACAGAAAUCGCAACAAGGAGGAAGGUGGAAACAAAAAAAGGAAAAACCAACAGCGAGUAACUUCCAUGCCCAUCACUCCUUCUCUCCCAGCAAAGUAG